GAAAAAAAUACAAGACGCCAGGCGAGCUCUGGGCUCCCCGACCGACGGGCCGCCCUUGAGAAGUGGAUAGUGGCUUUCUGAAGAGGUCGUUUCACUUAACGUCGAGUUCGGGGUCGCCAACGGGACGUUGGACAUCUCAAAUCGACAAAGCACAAGUAAUGCCACGGCUCGGAGAGCGCAGGAGGCGGAGGGCCAUGAAGACGAAGCAGAGGAACAAGAAGAACAAGAAGAUCAAGAAGCUUUUUCAAAACCAUAAAAUAUAUUAUUUCACCAGAGAACUCACACAUCAGAUUUCUAAACACACUCCUGUGUCUGUUGGAAACAGAAUGAUUCUACAUGAUUCUUGGUGGGUGUCAGUACUUUAUGUUCGUCUUCUUCUGUUCUGACCUUUGUUCCCCAUAAACUCUGUUCACAGCCUUCUACAUGAAUAUUCAGCUCCUAUAGCCUCUCUGUCUCUAUCAGCAUAUAUUACAUAUAUAUAUAUAUUCAUAUAUGACAUCAUUAUUUGUGUCAGUUUCAGUCAACACAUGUUUUUCCUGCUCAUAGUUCAGAGAUAUUGAGCACAAGGUUGUAUUAUUUAAGUGGUUUCUUCUCUCUCUUUACCUUUCCUGUGUUUUCCCUCGUUUCUGGCAGUGUAGUUCCACACAUGUCCACCAGAUGUCGCUGCUGAGCCUUUCAUCCGCCCUGCAGCAUCAAAACAUUUAGUUUGACCAGAACUGAUAAACGUCUUAAUUUAACGAUGGUAUUACAGACAUAUUAGGUUUUAUAAUCUCCAGAGAAAAAAAAUACGUUAAAAGGAAUAUAUAUAAUAAUCAUAAUCAAUCUUCCAGCCGAGAGGUCUGUGGGAUCGCAACACUAUAGGCACAGAACAAUGACAAUAGCCGUAUAUGUAUUUAUAUUUAUUUUAGUGGAUAAUUCAAACCCACAAAAAAGAGGUUGAGGUCUGUGACGUAAUCUGUUUGACUUUGAUGCACAUGCAGAAAUUAUUUCUAGGUUUAUUAUAAGACUUCAUAGAAUUCUAGGGGAUAAAAAACUUCUAUGCCAACCAAAAGCCCAAAUCGUACAAUUAAACAGCAAUAAUACAGAUUUAAAUGAUGAGAAAGUACUGCUGAAUCCAGCCUGUCCUUUCUAUUUAUACCAGCAUGUCUUGAGGGAAAACCUAUUUUAAAUGGAUCUAGAACAAGUAUGUUUUUUUAGUUUUUUUUAGUUUCCCCUACAGGUAAAGAACACAAGCCUCGGCCGAGGAGACUGAGACGCACUAUAACUAUGAGUUCCCAAACAAUCAGCUCACGCUGCUGCAUAACCAAACCGCCGGAGCCGAGGGGGCCUAUAAAGAAGAGGAGAGAUGGAGUGAGAGGAAGACGCAGCGGCGAGAUAAAGAGAAAGAAAAGGAAGCCGAAGAAGAGAGAUGGCUCACUGCGGAGGAACCAACGGAGGCAGACUCUUCACGACGGUGCUGUACAUGGCGGCGGCGUGCGGCGCCAUCCACAUCAGCGACCUGCUGGACCGAGCCUCUCAGCGCUCCGACAAACUGCACUCGCUCAGUACGACUCUCACGCAGGACCUGGACUCUCAUUUCCCUCCAAUAGGCCGGGUGAUCAUGCCCCGCCCCUCGAUGUGCCACACCUCCUCUCUGCAGACGCCCAAUGACAAGGAGCAAGCUCUUCAGGUGUCGGAGUCGGACCUGCUGUCGCUGGUUCGGUCCCUGCUCCGGGCCUGGGAGGACCCGCUGGCGGUUCUGUCCACCUCCGCCAACACCCUGCCUCACCCGGCCCAAAGCGCCAUAUCCAACAAGAUCCAGGAGCUGCAGGAGCACUCCAAGAGCCUGGGGGACGGCCUGGUGGUCCUCUCCGGCAAGAUGGCUCCGGGAGCUCAGACCAUCUCCUCGCUGCCGUACUUCGGAGGCAACGACAUCGGCCAGGACAGGAUUUCCAGAUUGAUCAACUUCAACUUCCUGUUGUCCUGCUUCCGCCGCGACUCCCACAAGAUCGACAGCUUCCUGAAGAUACUACGCUGCCGGGCGGCACAAAUGCUCCCGGAGAUGUGCUAGAGAGGGUUCCCCAGAGCCCGUCCUGCCCCCCGUAGCUUAGCCCGCUAUCUGAGCUAACGCCAUAGUUACUAAGCAGUCGUCGUUCUGAGCUUCCCAAAGGUGGCGAUGAGGAGGAGUUAGGAGGCACACGCAGGAAAGUCUUUUAUUGGAAGGGACGCCUUUCGUCAUCGUGGUCCACCGAUCCAAUCGGCAAUGAGAGGAUGCUCAAGAAGAGGCAGCUCUGAUUGAGCAAUAGCUUCCUUUGUCAAUUUGAAAAAAGUUACUUCCUAAAAAUCUUCUUUAUUCUUAAAAGUGAUUAAUUACUAUAUACCAGAUGGUCCUAGAUGGUUCCAGAUGGUCCCAGAUGGUCCUUGCUGGUCCCAGAUGGUCCCAGAUGGUCUUAGCUGGUCCCUGGUGGUUCCAGAUAGUCUUAGCUGGUCCCUGGUGGUUCCAGAUAGUCCCAGAUGGUCUUAGCUGGUCCCUGGUGGUUCCAGAUGGUCUCUGAUGGUCCCAGAUGGUCUUAGCUGGUCCCUGGUGGUUCCAGAUGGUUCCUGAUGGUCCCAGAUGGUCUUAGCUGGUCCCUGGUGGUUCCAGAUGGUCUCUGAUGGUCCCAGAUGGUCCUAGCUGGUCCCUGAUGGUCCCAGAUGGUCCUAGCUGGUCCCUGAUGGUCCCAGAUGUUCUGGCAUUAGGAGCUCAGCAGAUCCUGCUCACUUACUGUGGAAAACCUGCGUGCCAUGUCUCCUGUUACUCCUCCUGGUCGUGUCCUUCUCCCUUCUAAAAGUCGUCCUUCACACUGGGAGUCUUCGGGGAGGAGAGCUUUCUCUCCCUGAACUUGUGCCAGACUCCAGCAUUUGCACCUUAGAUUUCAUCCCACUUUCUUCGAGGCCUUUUUGGAAGCAACGCUAAUCGAAAUAUUUCUGUUCGUCAAUAAUAAUAAAAAUAUCAUCUCUU